AACGACCCCCAGUCAGCCCCUCUCUCUCCCCUCUCCCUCGCCGCCCCAUGGAUUACAGGUUUCCUUCGGGAGCGAAAGGCGCAGCCCUCCUCCUGAGCAGAGCAGCUUCCUGGCAGCUGGUGUGCGGGGCUGCCCGGGAGUGAAGCGCCGGCUCAGCUUGCCCAAGGAUCUCGCCGCCCUGGAAGGGGGGGAGACCGCGGCUUCCCUGCUCCCCACUUCCUCCACGGUCCCCUUCGCUGGCUCGGCGCUUCGGCCAUGGACGGCCUGCUGGAGCCCUUCCCCUCGGAGCGCCUCUUCCCCGGGGGCGCCUCCGGCUUCUUGGACCUGGGCGACCUGAACGAAGCCGACUUCCUCAGCAAUGUGCAUUUCUCCGAGAGCUUCGACCAUUUCUCAGAGAAUAUGGAGGACUUUUCCAAUGAACUAUUCAACAGCUUCUUUGAUGAUCCCAUGCUGGUUGAAAGAAACCCUUUGCUGGACAUGGAUCUGGACCCUCCUACUCCUGGCAUCCAGGCUGAGCACAGCUACUCCCUGAGUGGAGACUCAGCUCCGCAGAGCCCCCUCAUGCCUGUAAAGACAGAAGAGAAUGCCAGUGAACUGGAAAAUGGUAUGUGGUCUCUCCAGCAUAAGCUGUGCUCCAUCAUGGUGAAGCAAGAGCAGAAUACGGUGCCAGAACUUCCUGAGACCCAGCUACCACCUAAUGUAGUGCCCAUGUUGAACCUCAGCCCAGUGCAAAGGUUACCAGUCCCUGAAGAGACUCCCGAAGAAAUGACACCCCAGCCUGUAAUUAAAGCUGAACCCAGAGAGGUGAACCAGUUUCUAAAUGUACCCACAGAUGAUUUGGUGCAGAUGCCACCUACUCCUCCCAGCAGCCACGGCAGUGACAGUGAUGGGUCUCAGAGUCCAAGGUCCCUGCCUCCCUCCAGUCCAGCCCGCCCUACUGCUCGCUCUUCCACAGCAAUCUCUUCUUCUCCUCUCCUCACAGCGCCACAUAAAUUACAAGGGACUUCAGGACCCCUACUCCUAACUGAAGAGGAGAAACGAACCCUAGUUGCUGAAGGCUAUCCCAUCCCAACCAAGCUGCCUCUUACCAAAGCAGAGGAGAAAGCACUGAAGAGAGUUAGGCGGAAAAUUAAGAACAAGAUUUCUGCACAAGAGAGUCGGAGGAAGAAGAAAGAAUAUGUAGAGUGUCUGGAGAAAAAGGUUGAAUCAUAUACAUCUGAGAAUAAUGAACUGUGGAAAAAAGUGGAGACAUUAGAAAAUGCAAACAGGACUCUUCUUCAGCAGUUACAAAAGCUACAGGCUCUGGUAGCAGGGAAGGUUUCUAGGCCGUACAAAAUGGCUUCCACACAGACAGGAACCUGCCUGAUGGUCCUAGUUUUGUGCUUUGUCUUGGUCCUGGGCUCAAUGAUGCCAUGUCUCCCAGAAUUCUCUGCAGCAUCACAGACAGUAAAAACAGCUCCAUCACCGGACAUUUACACAACCAGUAAAAUUCAUUCUCGAAGCCUUCUGUUCUACGAUGAGCAUGGGGGGUCCUUAGAGGAAAGCUAUAGCUCCUUCAUCUCAGUAGAGCGUUCUGAAAAGUGGGAGGCUGAUAACAGGCAACGUGAGGAAGAGCAACAGCCUCAGGAGCACGUGCACAACCCUCUGGUUGUGGCCCAUGAAACAGCCAAAUACCUGAACAAACCCAACCUGGAGGGGCAAAUUCAAAACGAGAGCAGCUCAGCUCUUACUCACUCCAAGCAGCGAUUCCUUGAGAGAGACAGAAACUCCAGCGAUACUGCUGAAUUCUUGUAGCAGCUGCAGUUCUCAAGGCCUCCUCUGUUGAGUUUCCUGAGUGGCGUGAUUAAAGGCACAAUCCUAUGCAUGCUUACCUGGAAGUAAGUCCCAAUGAAUUCAGUGGGAUUUACUUCUGAGUACACAAGUGUAGGCUUGCACUGCAAGUGGGAGAGGAUGUUCCAUUUGGAUGUCUUCAAAUUGGCCUUGAGUUCACCCUCUUAUCUGUUUGUUCAUUCGGUCCCCAGUGUCAAUAUUGCUCCUUCAGUCAGGAUUUACACUGAUCACCAUAAUCAGGGAUAGCACCUGGCAAUGUAGAAGCCUCAGGCCUUUAACCUAUCCCCACUAGUCAUGAUCACCAUGACCACUGGUUAUAUUCUUUCCUCAGACAACAAUUUCAUAAGUAUACUGUAUAAACUGUACCCAACCAUGUUUGUCCCUGGAUCAGGAAUACAUCAUCCCAACCAUGCCAGAUUUGGGGGGUAGGGCUGGGAGAUGGUCUUAAUUUUUAUACUACACAAUUACAUCUAAAAAUAACAAGGUAGAAUGCACAGAGCCAGAAAUGUAAGAACAGAUUACAAUUAAAUAUCCAAAUAACAUUAAAAGCAGUCUUCAGAUGAGAUCAAAGAAAAGCUUACCAAGUAAGAAAUCCAUAAAACCAAACCCACUAUGAAGAUCGUGGCUGCAGUCACAUACACUUACUUGAAGAUAAAUCUCAUUGAACUCUGUUCAUUCAAACCAAUCCUUAGUCCCAACAAGAGUAGACCCACUUAAUCAAGGGGUUCUUAGUAAUCAACAUUUAUAUAUGUUCCAUUGAUUCACUGGGUCUACUCUCAUUGGGUCUAAGAAGGGAAUUUAGACCAAAAAGGAUUUGCUUCUGAGCAUGGGUAAAAGGCAAAAAAAUUAGGAAAAAGGCGACAAAAUCACAUCCUAUACCAAAAUCUUGUCUUGUCAAACACUGAUUUGAAUCCUGUUCUCUCUUUCUUUUUUCCUUUCUUUACCCAUAAUAUACUGAUGGAAAAAUGCAUAUUCGUUCUAAUAUGGAAAUACUGUGUGCAAUUCAGUGUCUGAAGUUUUUACAGAAAUGGGCCAGAGGACCUCACCAAUGGGAACCAUUAUAUGUCUUCUUUUUAGUUCUUUGUUCCUGUUAUGCUUUUGAUUUAGUUUUCUCCAAACAAGCAGCCUUAAUGGGGCCCUUCUCUCCUCUAACAGUGCUGUACUUAGAACAUGACACUACAAACUAGAUGGGCUUCCUUGUGAGCUAAAGAAAGGCACCUGGUUGACCAUACCCAGAAAUGUACAACUUCUACAGGCAGAAGAUUACAGGAUAGAGAUGACAGGGAUGCACAAUUGUUCCCUGCACAGCCCCAUUCAUUCUGUAUUCCCUGAAGCUAGCUGGGCCCUAUGUACAAGGUAGCAGGUUUCCCCUAUGGCUUCCAUGUCAUCAGAUAUAUGGGAACGGGGAGAUCUAUCAGAGCAAUUCUCAGAAAAAAUCCACCAGGACCAACACAUGCCACCAUAGCUCUCUGAACUCUCACAACACCUCUUUCUUAAUACAAAAGCAGCACAAAGAAACAUUGUUCAGUUAAUGCAAAUCCUUUCAUCAGCCAGAAAUUCUAUUUGGCAUAGUCCACGUGUGCCUCAAAUUUGCAUCGUUGUACAGAGACCAAAAGCAGAAAUUGUUUGUACAUAAUGAACCUUAUUUUGUAUUAUUGCCAAUCCCUUAAGAUAUUGUAUUUUGGAGACUCUCAGAUCCUAUUUUCUGUAUUGUAUUUUAUUAAGAGUUAUUGCGGGCUUGGCCUCUAUGAACUUCCUUUCUUUGCAGGGCGCUGUUUCCUCUUAGACUAGCACCUAAUGUUUUGUUUUUACUAUAUCGCUAUUUCUCUUCUGUUACUAGCUCUGCAAUUGCUUUCAAGCAGCAAAAUAAAAAAAAAAGAUGCA